UCUCUUGUAAAAUUUGUCUUCAGGGAGUUACGAGGUUUGCUAAUUAGACCGACGAUAUGCCGUUUUACAUUAUUACCUAUUCUCCACUUGCCCUUGACUCACCUAGCUGCUCUGUUAUGCACACUCCCUGUUCCUUCUUGAGCGCCACUGUAUAUGGAUCCCACACUGCAACAACGUACUUCAGCAUGGGGCACACCGUUUCGGUGCUAGCCUUCUUGAAAAUACUGCUUCCUCCCCUCAUUAGCCUUCCCAGCAUAUCUAAAGACUGCCUGUUCAUAUUUUCCAUUUUCUCCCCAUACCCCAGUUUUCAUUGGAGAACUAUCCCAAGGUGUUAGUAGCUAUUGUAUACUUAUAUAUAUUUAUACACCCCUCCAGUGGUAGAACCUUAUUUACCAUAGUUUUUUGUUUUGUUUUUAGUAUUACACUGGUCUUGCCAACAUUUAUUUUCAUUCCAUUUCUUUCCAGCUAUUCCUCCGAACAUCUAACUCUACCUGUAAGCUUCCUGCCUCUGCAUCCCCAUACACCAUACAGUCAUUUGCAAAAAAGUGCCUGUCCUCUGUUUAGUCUUCUAUAUCAUUGAUCAUGAUUGUUAAGAGUAAUGGUCCUAGAACACAUCCUUGUGGCACUUCUGAUGCAACUUUACCUCCCUCUGACAAUUCAUUCUCUACUCUUACUAUCAGCUUUAUGUACCUAAGUAAGAAAGUCCCCAAUCCACUCAACCACCUUCCUAUCCCUUUUGCAUCAACUUUGCAUGUGAUACCUUAUGAAAUUCUUUUUCAAAGUUGAUGAAGCAGGCAUCAAUCUGUUUUCUCAUGUCAACCCCCUGUACCAAGUCAGCAAGGUCACCAACUGGGUUAUACAUAAGUGGUCUCUCCUAAACUCGCUUCCUUUCAUCCAACCAUUGUCUCCUGUUCAUCUCUGCGACCACAUGCUUGUGCUCUAUUCGCUCCAUUAUCUUUACUAUUGCUGAUGUGAAGCUUGCCAGUCUGUAACUGGCUGGUCCUCUAUUAUUCUCCCCCCCCCCCCCCUUUUUUUUUUUAAACUGCUUCCUUCCAUUCUUGUGGAUUUUCCCCUUCUCUAUUGUAUUACAUGGCCUCAUGCCAUUUACUUUUCCAUCCUUACCAAUAGAUUUCUUCCUGUGUAGUCCUUUUACUAACUCUCUAAUCUUCUCUGUCCCCAACCUCAACUAUUUCCUACACUAUUGCUAUUCCCUCAACUAUUGCUCUGCACUUUGCACUUCCCUUGUCCCUUCUUAUUGCUGCCUUUUCUCAACUACUGACAGGUACCAUUUUACAAACACAUCUGCUUUCUCCUUAUUCCUGACUGCAAGUUCUCCAUCCUGCCUGUAUGUUCCUGAUGAACCCAUACACCUUCUGCACAUUUCCUUUACAUCCCUGUUCCAUCAUUUCCCCAAGUUAUUUUUCUUUAGCCAGUUUAUUUUCACUAUUUAGUUGUCUCCCUAUAUCUUUUCUUUUUCCUACACAACUUCUUUAACCCUUUUUAUACUCAUUGUAAAUAAUGUUCUACCUUCCUAUUUUAGUUUUCGAGUCUCUCUUCUAUAAUACGGUGGACCACCUCCCACAGCUAAGUAUCUUCUUCCUAGGCACAAGUACCUCAAGUGCGCUCCCUAUUGCCUUGAGACUCUCCCACUGCUCAUCAAUGCUAUGAAGCUUGUCUGAUCCGCCCUCCCAUACUGCCAUAUUGUUCUACAUCUGCCUUUUGCAGACUUCUUCGGGCCCAUGCAAAUCUCUACCAUUGGUAUAUUAUAUUAUGGGUGCUAAUACCUUCCACCUCCUCGGAUUGGGUUAAUAGAUCUGGUUUAACCAGUACUUUGUCUCCCCCUAGCCCUUCCUUGUAUUCUCCAACACCAUUUGAGUCCCGUAUUUACUACCUCAUAGCUCACCUUUGCCCUAAUGCACCCACACACUCCUAGACAUACACUUUACCCCUGGAAACUCUCAGGUGAAUAUUACUAAGACUGUUACUUAUUUCAAAGAACACCUUUUGGAAUGAAUACUUGGAUAAUUUUGGGAGAGGACUUUAGUGUUUUUCUGUACACUUGCAUUUGAUACUACAGUACUGUAUUCUAUCUUACAAUUGGACUACUGCCUGUUGGCAAGAAGCCUCCCACAGAAAAUGGUGGUUUUAGUGCUAAGUUUUUAAAACACAAUUUCAUAAUGUUUUUCCCAAACAACAUUAACAUAUUGAUUUUUAAAUACCAAAAGAUUUUCAACACAGUCAAAUUAGGCCUGUGUUUUUAGUACAUCGUCAGAAUGUGUUCAUACACCUUUACAAGGGGGCUUCAAAGAUGUCAAAUGCAAUACGUAAUUGUCUUUUGAUAAUGUGUGGUUUCUAGUGCUAAGUUUUUUAAAUUGUAUAAUUAAUAAUAAAUUAGUAGUAAGAACUACAGGUGUAGAAAUGUCUGUGACACUGCAGUCAGUCAGCCGAGCAACUCCCGGGAUAGGUAGUCUGUCUACCAAAAGCUAAUGGCCUCUUGGAGGACGGACUAGCAGGUAGAGGGCACCCUCUUGUCCUUGGCGGGAGAAAUCUCCCCAGAAAGCGGAUGAACUGCUUGACGGUCAACGGUAUGGCACUGCAUUAAAGAUCCUCGCUGAUAUUGUCAGGAAAAUCAUCAUGGCUGGUUUCUAGCACGGAUAUCAAUGAUGUUUGCCAACAUUCUUAGUGAAGAUGGCACAUGAAGAAUAAGGUUUGUCAGCACAUGCAACAUGCCUGGCCCAGUAGUUUUUGUGACGGGAAAUGCCAAGAAACUAGAAGAAGUUGUGGCCAUUCUUGGAGAGUCUUUACCAUACAAGAUCGAGAAUCGAAAGAUAGAUUUGCCAGAAUACCAAGGAGAAAUGGACGACAUUUGCAUAAGCAAAUGUAAAGAAGCUGCCAGAAUUGUGAAAGGCCCAGUUAUCAUUGAAGAUACGUGUUUAUGCUUCAAUGCCCUUGGGGGCCUUCCAGGUCCGUACAUCAAGUGGUUCCUGGACAAGCUCGGGCCGGAGGGUCUGCAUAGGAUGCUGACCGGCUGGGAAGACAAGUCGGCCUGCGCGGUGUGCACCUUCGCGUACUGCCCUGGCGAAGGGGCGGAGGUGAAGCUGUUCCAUGGCAGGACGGAGGGGAAGAUCGUGGCACCCCGCGGCCCCCGGGACUUCGGCUGGGACCCGUGCUUCCAGCCGGAAAACUAUGAGCGGACGUACGCAGAGAUCCCCAAGGAAGAAAAAAACAAGAUAUCGCAUCGAAGUUUGGCUCUCCAGGAGCUGAAGAAAUAUUUUCUGGAAUUAUGUGAAAAUAAAACUAUUCAAAAUAAAAGUACAGAUUAAAGUA